AUGGAACAGGGGGCAGCGCGGCAAGACGAGGCACGCAAGGAGCGGGAGGCGCCGCCGCCGGUCCCUUUCCCCAGGGUGAGCUCGGAGAGAAAUCUGAAGCUACCCUCUCGUGUGGUUUCUUUGUUCUUUGGCGGUGAUAUCUCAACAACAGCACAGUCAUUUGAGAAAUGGGUGUCGCUGGUACGUUUGCGGAGCGGGACAUUUCGCCCAUCUGGGUUCCCACGUCGCAAUUCAAAGAUUGAAGUGAUGCCAAGUGGAAGCUUCUCACUUUUUGGCAGCGCAGACUUAAGGGAGGAAGUGAUUAAAGCAGAAGCGGCGAGCAGAGAAAAGAAUCCUACGCUUGAUCAGCCUCCUGAAAUAAGCUUGUGGGAGAGGCUUGGGAAUGCUUCUGCAUUGGACAUUGAAUCAUCUGGCUUUUCAUGGAAUAUGCUGUCAUCUCUGCACCAUACAGAACACAGUAGUAGUUCAGAACACUCUGAAGAUGAGAUGACUAAAGCUCUUGAGAUGACUGUGAACUCUGGUGGCGUUGUGUUCUUUGCUCUAUUUAGUGCUUUAGGUAACAAUGGUUUACCAAAAGAAGAAGCAGCUGUUAUAAAGUUUGCAGCAUCAAAGAUGGCGACACAGGCAGAACUUUUGGGAUAUGAAUUUGCACGGUUGCUUGGAGUCCAGACACCACAAGCCAGGGUAGUGCAUAAUUCUAGCCUGGAGUGGCAGGAGAUAAAACAUGCUGCAGAAGAAGCAAGAGCAAUAGCGGUUUCAAAUAAUGAUGAGCUUGGUGAGAUGACUUGCUCAGAGUUGUUGGAAGCUCUUGAGCUAAGCCGAUGUCUUCUUCUAAUGAGUUAUAUUCAUGGCUCACCCCUGCUAGAGAGUCCAAAGGCAUUCAGUUCACGGCAAGCUGCAUGUGUUACUUCUUCAUCCCUUGGAAGGGUCUUGAUGCUAGACCUGAUACUCAGGAAUGAGGAUAGGCUCCCAUGCCGUCAGCUUGGUUGGCGUGGCAAUCCGGCAAACUUGAUGAUUUCAGAUAGAUCAUCCUUGCCCAGUAUGGACAGAUUUGAGGACUCGAAGAGCACUUCGGAAAGCUCCAAUCCACUGCUUUCUAAUAUUUUCCAAAAAGAAAUACGGUUCCACUCUGCAAAUGGAAGAUUAGAUUCUUUGGAGGUGGACCUAAUGUCACGAACAGCAGAUGCACUGAAAAGUGUACAAGAAAAUGCUGAAAGUGCGAGCGGGACUUUCCACAUUGUAGCAAUUGACACUGGGGUGCCCCGUCGCCCACCUGCAGGGAGACGUGUCAAAGAUCAUGAACGGUAUCCCAAAGUUGUAGAGCUCAUUUUGAAUAACUCGGAGCACUCCUCAAAUAUCUUAUAUGAAAUUUCCGGUGGUAAGCUUGGGAUUCCUGGACCUGAUGAGGCAAUCACUUCCACUGAUUCUUGUUGCUCUCUUUCUGAUGAAGACAAUGCUGCUGCGAUUCACGAAUUCCGAGUGGCAUUUCGUGCAGCUCUUAGGGAUCUGGAGGGUUUCCAUCUAUUUCUUCUCCAGCUAUACCAAAAAUUGGAUGGCGUUCUGCGAGUUUUCUCGUCCAUAAUUACUAAAAGCUCUGAGGAAUCUGACCAUAAUGAUAUUGCAAUUUCUGAUUUCCCAUCUCCGGGAGCCAGCUACAGUACUCCUUGUCCAUCUAAUAAGCACGUGAACAUCGAGUCUCAUAGUGAGACUGGAACGCAAAAAAAUGGCACAAAAACGUCUUCUGUGGGAUCCCGCGGAAGCUCUGAUUCUCCUAUGUCCAGGGACAGUUGGAGCGGUAAACACUUGAAGGGGAGUGCAGAUGCUCCCCGAAGUAGAAUGACAAUGAGACUUCGUGAUUUUUACAAGACUCCGAAGGUUGAUGUCGGUCCUGAAUUGCUCAAGGAGAUAGAACAAUGGAAUGAAGUGUUUAAGACCGACGUGAUUAGAUUUUGUCAGGAGAACAAUUUUCAUUCUGGAUUCUUUGAUGGAACCGAGAACAACAUGGCGGCAGAUGCCUACGAGUUAAAGGUGCGCCUUGAACACAUCAUUGAAAGGACAUCGUUGGUCUCUGAUGCUGCAAAUACUGAGCGACCUUCUCUCGUGGUCAACAACUUAUUUAUAGGUGGGGCUCUCGCUGCAAGGUCUAAGUACACCCUCCAGCAUUUGGGCAUUACCCAUAUACUAUGUUUGUGUUCGAAUGAGAUUGGUCAAUCCGAUACCCAAUUUCCUGAUCUUUUUCAGUACAAGAACUUUUCAAUUAGUGAUGAUGAUGAUGCAAACAUCAGCGAUCUUUUUGAAGAAGCAUCAGAUUUUAUUGACCAGGUCGACCGUGUUGGGGGUAAGGUCCUCAUCCACUGCUUUGAAGGGAAAAGCCGGAGCGCCACGGUCGUCCUUGCCUACUUGAUGCUCAGAAAGGGCUUCACGCUUGCGAAAGCCUGGAACUUACUGAAGAAAGUACACCGACGCGCACAGCCGAAUGACGGCUUCGCCAAGGCCCUGCUUGCUCUGGACAGGAAGCUGCACGGCAAGGCGUCGAUGGACUGGCAGCAGAAGCGGCCUGAGAUGAAGGUGUGCCCGAUAUGCGGCAAGAACGUGGGGCUGAGCACCAGCUCGCUGAAGCUGCACCUGCAGAAGGCGCACAGGCGGCUGUCGCAGGGCAGCGUGGACAGCGCCAUGACCAUGGAGAUCCAGAAGUCGAUCGAGUCGCUCCGGAUCAGCCGCGGCGGGAGCCUCAGCCCUUCCCAGAAGCUGGCCAAGGCGUUCGCCGACGAGCUCACCUUCUGA